AUGCGCAGGCGUCUUAAUUUCGGUCGUAAAAUUAAUGACGUCACAAGCCAUUCGCGUGAAAAGACGCACGGCAAUGCCGUGAAAACCACUACGGCAAUAACGCACAUGGCGCGUCCAAAUGGCUUUGUGGAGCUUGAAGAGCUUGUUCAUCUAACAAGAGACAAGGCCCAAUGGGAAAAGACUGCGAGAUGGGUCAAACUAGAAGAGACGUUUGAAUCAGAUCGUUGGAGCAAGCCGCAUGUAUCGUGUUUGUCUUUGCAAGGUCUGCAGGAUGUUCGUGACAUUCUGAAAAAAUGUCCGAUAUUGACGAACCUCGCCGAGAGAGAUAUGUCGGGGAUCGUGAAUGCGAUGAUAGACGAGCUCGUGUGCUGUGGUGAUCUUGAUGAAGAACAUCGCGACCAUUUAAUGGAUCUACUUCUAUUAAAUCAUCGUCUGAAGAAUCGAACGUCCUCACAGUCCCGUCGCCUCGCUCGACAUUUUGCGGUUCAUGCUUUAGAAGAGGAGGAUAAAGAACUGACACUGCUCAGAAAGGAUUCUGGACAAAAAUCCAGAUGUCCAUGGUCAGGUUUCCAAGUUUGUCACAACAAUUGUUUUAAUUCAUCAAAAGAUAACAACACUGCCCAUGAUGCAUAUGGACCUGGAAAAGGCAGUAAGAGCUCUCCACAAUUCAAAAAUCCUGAAAAAUCCGAAUCAACUGUCGUUCUUGUGGGCUCAGCAAAUUUCUUGAGGCAACCAAUCUCAGUAUUUGCUCGCCUCGAGGAAAGUUGCUUUCUGGGUAAUCUAAUCGAUGUUAAUAUUCCAGUGCGUUUUAUUUUCAUCUUCAUGGGACCACAAGAUUGCAGAAAAAGUUAUUGCAACAUUGGCAGGAAUAGUUAUCACGAAAUUGGCCGUGCACUUGCAGCCAUGAUGUCCAACAAAGAUUUUCUGUCUGUGGCUUAUGACUUCGAGGAACGCGAAACUCUUUUAAAAACAAUGGACGACUUUUUUGAUUGCUGUGUCGUCAUACCUCCCGGUGAAUGGGGUCGUCAGGUGUUGAUGCAGACUAUUCCCAUUCUGGAGCGUCAGAGUCAGAAGUUGUUUGAAAAUCGUCGACGCAAACACAGCUUGGCAACGCAGGUAGGCAUGCACCAGUUGCAAGAUGCGAAAGGAGAUCCAUUGGCACGAACUGGUGUGCUUUUUGGUGGUCUUGUGCGCGAUGUAAAACGCCGACUUCCCCACUAUCUCAGCGACUUUACAGACGCGUUCAAUGUACAAUGUCUCGCCGCAAUCGUGUUUGUUUACAUCGCUUCUCUUGCGCCAGCGAUCACAUUCGGCGGAAUUAUUAGCAAAAAGACCGGAGGAAAGAUUGACGCAUCCGAGACAAUACUGGCGACGGGUUUGUUCGGGAUCAUUUUUGCGUUGUUAGGUGGUCAACCACUUACUAUUAUUUCAUUUACUGGUCCCCUCAUCGUGUUUGAGAAGAGUAUCUACGAGCUCUCUAAAAAUCUGAAUGUCGACUACCUACCUUUACGGGCGUGGAUAGGAAUUUGGGUGAUGUUCAUUUGCUUUCUCAUCGUUGCAUUCGAGGGAUGCUUUCUCGUUCGUUAUUUCACGCGGUUUACUGAAGAAAUAUUUGCCACCAUCAUAGCGUACACCUUUAUGUACGACGCCAUAGAAAUAGUUAUCGAUGAAUACAAACAUCCAUUGUCAGCAAACGGGACGAUAGCAAACGCUACAAAAACGUCGACGACCAAGACAAGCUCGCCCUCUUCUUCAGGUCAUCUUGCUGUACUCCUGGUUCUGGGAACAUUUAUAAUAUCUUAUAUGUUUCGAAGAUUUCGGCACUCUCACUUCUUUGGCCAUUUAAUCCGAAGGAUUAUUAGUGAUUUUGGCGUGCUGAUAGCAAUCCUUUCCAUGGUUGCCUACUAUAACCUUGACAAAGAAACGACAGUUUCACAGCUUGUGAUACCAGAAGGUGUUGGUACGAAAUGGAAAGACAGGUGGUUCGUAAAUCCUAUGGGUGAAAACAUGGAUGCUCUCACCAUAACUGUAGCCAUUAUACCCGCAAUAUUGGUGAGCAUCCUGAUUUUUAUGGAAGUAGAGUUGACUGCGUUGAUUCUUGACAAGAAAGAAUUUAAACUCAAAAAAGGUGCUGGAUAUAAUCUCGACCUUAUCGUAGUUAGCAUUAUUGUGUGCUUGUGUUCGUUUCUCGGCUUUCCUUGGCUUUGUGCGUCCCCCAUUCACACAAUGUCUCACCUACACGCCCUCAUGGUUUUCAAUAGCAAUCAGGCGCCUGGCGAGAGACCUGUCCUUGAAGAAGUCAAAGAACAAAGAGUCACAAACGUUGUGAUACAUAUACUUGUCUUGUUUUCCGCUUUUCUUGCACCGGCUCUACGGGAAAUUCCGAUAGCAGUUUUAGCGGGUGUUUUGCUUUAUCUCGGGAUCUGUUCGGUUUCUCAUAUUCAACUCCUAGAACGCAUAAAAAUGUUGUUUAUGCCAGGACACUAUCAUCCAGAUGUCUCUUACGUAUUGAAAGUAAGCACAAAAAAGAUGCAUAUAUUUACCAUAAUUCAGGUCGUGUGCGUGAGCAUCAUAAUUGUUGUAAAGCUCACCAUUAUCGCUCCCUCAUUUCCUUUCUUUGUGCUAUGUUUGAUUCCUUUACGCAAGUCUCUCGCAGCUUGGUUUACAGAGGGGGAACUAGAGUUGCUGGAUAAUGAUGCUGAAGAGAUGAAUGAGGACGAAUACGACGAAUUUGAAGCCGUACAUGUACCUAUCUGA